AUGGCACCGACGAAUGUUUCAAAUAAGAAGAUAGUGAUCGCUCUGUACUCGUAUGAGGGCCGGGAUGAGGGAGAGUUGAGCUUUGAAAAGGGGGACAAACUGAUCGUCAUUGACGACAAGGAGCCCGACUGGUGGCUCGCAAAGAUGAUUUCCUCUGAGAGGGCCGGCUAUAUCCCUAUGAACUUUGUGGUCAAAAAUAUUGAUGAAACUGAGGACAAAAUUUCCAGACGAGAGGCCGAAAAGUUGCUUUUAAUGGGUGACUAUUCGAGGGGUACAUUCCUCAUCAGAAAUAGUGAACAGGGAUCA